AUGGCUGCGCCGCCCGCGAGUAUACCGAGCGGAGGCGACGCCCGUAUCCAGAUACCGCAGCCCAGCACGGCCACCGCUGCAGACUUGAUACGCGAGAGCUCCGCAGCGGCGCCGACGAGCCCCAUGAGCGGGAGCACCCCGCCGCCAGUGCAGCUCAAGGCGCCCUCGCCUGCGUCCACGACGACGGCGGCACCGAAGGUCAUCGACAAGACGCUGGCGAGCAUGGCCAACCUCGCGAAGCUCCUGCCGACGGGGACGGCGCUGGCGUUCCAUUCGCUGUCCCCGUCCUUCACCAACCGGGGCGCGUGCCUGGCGUCCAACCGGUACCUCACCGCCGCGCUGCUCUACCUCUGCUUCGUCUCCUGCGUCUUCUACUCCUUCACCGACAGCUUCUCGUGGUUCCUAACAGUGGCAUUCAGCGAUGCCGCCGUGCAGAGCUGCUACUUCCCUGACUCCAGCAACAACGUCAAGCAGCUGCUGACCAACCUACCCCUCGGCGCCGGCUUCCUUUCCAGCAUGGUGUUCGUCGUUUUCCCAACGACUCGAAAGGGGUUUGACUACACUGGGCGCUUCACGAAUGCUUAG